GCCCCCCUCCGGCCCCCGGCCCGCCCCGUCAACGCUGACUGAAGGCGGCACCUGCGGCAGUCACACGGCCGCGGGGCGAGCGGAGCGCGUAGGAGCAUGGAGUCCCCAGCAAGUGGUGGAGCCCCCGCCCCGAGUGACACAGCCCUGGGUGACGUCACACAGACAUCAACAGGGCCCACAGAGGGGAUGGUGCGGGGGGACAGCAGGGAAAGCGUGGCACAAGAGGGGCAGGGGGAGGCUGGCAGAGCUGAAGGAGGGGCUGGGGGGGAAGCUGCAGGGGAUGUGGGGAGUGAGGGCAAGGGGGAGGCAGCAGAGAAUGCUGGGAGUGAGGCUAAGGUAGAAGCAGCAAAGGAUUAUGGGAGUGAUGCUAAGGGGGAGGUAACAGGGAAUGCUGGGAGUGAGGCCAACAUAAUGGGAGAUGCUGGUAGUGAGGCUAAAGAGGAGGAUGCACGGGAUGCUGGAAGUGAGGUUAAGGGGGAGGCUGCAAAGGAUGCUGGGAGUGAGGCUGAGGAGGCUGCAAAGGAUGCUGAGAGCAAAGCUAAGGAGGGGGCUGCAAAGGAUGCUGGGAGCGAGGAUAAGGAGGAGGUUGCAAAGGAUGCUGGGAGUGAGGCUAAGGGGGAGGCUGCAAAGGAUGCUGGGAGCAAGGCUAAGGGGGAGGCUGCAAAGGAUGCUGGGAGCAAGGCUAAGGGGGAGGCUGCAAAGGAUGCUGGGAAUGAAGCCAAGGCAGCAGGGGUUUCUGGGAGCGAGGCUGAGAUUGCAGAGGAUGCUGGCAAGGAGCCCGCAGCAGGGCAGGCUGCUGAGCAAGAGGCUGAAGGGCAGGCCAGAGGCAGUGCAGUGCCACAGGAGGAGGCCGAGCCCAGGCCCAGGCCGGAGGCAGCGGGCAGCACCCAAGGCCGGCAGGAGCCCACCUGGCUGCAGGAUGAGGAUGAUGAGCUGUGGCCUGAGUUCCCCCCCUGCUCACCCACGGAGGGGGCUGCCAGCCCCACCACCCCACUCUCCCCUACCUCCCCUGUGUCUCCCACGUUCCCCGUAUCUCCCACGUCCCCUUCGCCUCCUGUGUCCCCCACUUCUCCCACAGCUGGUAGCACUGAGGGCUCAAGAGGUAGUGAGAGCCACCACCCCUGUGUUCCCAGUGGUGUGUCUGCAGUGGGACCACGAGGACGGGUGCCCCCCCGGGUGGCAUCUGUGGGGCGGCCACGAGUGAGCAGCCGGGCAUAUGGACGGAGUGCCAUCCUGGAGAAGUUUGGGGGGGCAGCCACAGGCCCAGCCCCACACCUGAAGCGUGUGGGGGCCACGGGCUCAGUGAAGGCCAUGCUGCUGGAAUGGUGCCGUGCCAGGACACGUGGCUACCAGCAUGUGGACAUCCAGAACUUCUCAGGGAGCUGGAGCAGCGGCCUGGCCUUCUGCGCCCUCAUCCACAGCUUCUUCCCCGAUGCCUUUGACUAUGGCAGCCUGGAGCCCCAGGACCGCCGGCGUAACUUCACCCUGGCCUUCAGCACCGCAGAGGAGCGUGUCGACUGUGCCCAGCUGCUGGAGGUGGAAGACAUGCUGCGGCUGACGGUGCCGGACGCCAAGUGCAUCUAUACCUACGUGCAGGAGCUGUACCGCAGCUUGGUGGCCAAGGGGCUAGUGAAGACCAAGAAGCGCUGAGGCCCCGCCAGCCCCAUUCUCCACUUUGUCCCCCAGCCCCUAGGAGUAAAGGUUUGCAGUGCCAUGC